CUUUACAUGUACUGUAUGCAAUGCCGAAAAAGCAUUGGGCUUCAAGUGCUGGAAUUGUUCAUUUUGUGUGGCUGGAACUUAUGGUGAUGCUGACGGCAACUGCCUUCCCUGCCCUGCAGGUAAUUCCUUUUACUUAUUCUGGGGAUAAGAUUAGGAGAUCUUAAGGUGGCUCGAUGGGGUUUUUCAGGGUCAAUAACUCCCAAUUUUGAGCAUAAACUACGUCGCCAUUGACAAAGAUUUGGACAGAUUGUCACCACAGCUGUAUUAAAUAAAGACGAAAAUUUGUUAUGAUUACGGGAUUAGAAUGACAUCGGAGUUGUCAUAGCAAUGAAAUGACGCCAUAACCUAUUUUACCUGCACCCGUAUUUCACGGCACUGUGAACUUUUCUUCCAACAAUGUUAACCGGAGCUUUUCCUUUAUAAACUGCUUCAAUGUUCGUGAAGUUUGAGCAAAAACGUUCAGAGCGUUUUCGAGAUAUUUUGAGAUGAAAUUUUUAUGGUUAGUAAUACGGUACAAAGGAGACAAUUGUAAUGCGCAGCCGUUGUUUAUAGAAAACGAAUCGCUUUGAAAUUGCAAUUUCCACAAAUGGUAGUUUUAUUCUUUUAAAAAACGUCUGGGAAAGAUCAUGAGGAUAGCUUCAGCCGAUAGAUAGAAAAAAUAAUUUGAAUAGUUUGUAUUGAACGAAGCGCUCUUGUUGGCGGUCUUUUAAAAACAUUUUUGUCUGCUUUUACAAAGGAGCAAAUAAUUUUGAACCCGUUCAAUAGAUUUGAAAAUGAUAUAAAUAUGAUAACGAUAUUUGCGAGAAUAAUUCUUAUUUUAUAAGACCGUAGAGUUUGAAGAUUAUUGAUACCUUGUAAGGCAGUGAAAUAAGGGCUAUAAUUCGCUAAUUUUCUGUCAGAAGUUUCGUGUUUACAAGUGACAGCCUCCCAUUAUUUAGAGGUACUGUCUCUAAAUUUCGUAUUUUCAUGGACAACAAUAGCUAACAUUUCUGAAUAUUUCAAAUGCAUAUUGUUGUUCGUGUAAUAAGCAUUACUUCAAACAUUUUGACUUUUUAGGAGGCUUUUACCAAAGCGACAUGGGACAGAUCUCCUGCAAGAAUUGUAGCACAGGCACUUACGUUUCAGAGGAACAUCAUCCUGGCAAAACUCCGACUGACUGUCAUGCAUGUCCGUACGGUAAGAGCGUACGAGCAUUAAAUGAUAGUGAUCUAGUACAAAGGAUUGUACUGAGAAAUAUCCACAACAAAGCACUAUAGCUAAAGCUACGAAGAAACGGACGCAACAACUUCAAACAUUGUUGGCCCAAUAAUGUUGGGAGUUGUUGCGUCCGUUUGCACGUCGCUUAAAGCUUGACCGUUGUUUAAACUUUGUGCAACAACAACUUCCAACAACACGCAACAACAUGUAACAGGGUAUGCAAACGGACGCAACAUGUAACAUUCAACAAUGCUGGGAGUUGUUGACCAACAUGUUGCGUCCGUUUGCACGGCGCUUUAACAGCAGAACGGAAAAUCUGCUGGUAUAAUAUGGCAAAUCCUGCAUUUCCAGUGGCUAACGUACACGCUUACUUACAGUUCAUAGUAGUCGAGUGGAUCGCACCAAUCAGAGGAGCAAGAAUAUUGCUAUCUGCUAAUCAAAAAACUGAAAAGUUCAUUAAAUCCUCGCGCUGUUUCCUUGGUAGCUACGGUUUUUCGUCUUGUUUAAGUGUGUCAUACGUUAACUUGAAGCCUUUUUGAUGCUGCAAUAGAUUUGUUUUAAAACUUUUGAAUGGAUUCAUUGGUAACCGGCGCGAAAAAAGCAAUAUUCUCAGUUUUUUAGUCGUAGAAUGAAACCCUUGACUACAGUGGCAGCUACGCCUACCUUCAAGUCGCCGCGAAGUUAAGGUUCGUUUGCUUUCGUCCUUUAUAAUCGACUCCGUUGAAACAAUUUUUAUGCCAAGCUUCUACUUAAACAUGCUCUUAAUAUCCUAGUUUCUACAUCUGUUUUCCUCCUUUCAAAGUUCUUAGAGCUAAAUCUUUUACUUCUAUAUGGAUAGGUACACUUUCAAAUGAAACCGCUGGUUAUCGCGCAUGCAAAUGCCUUCGCGGAUUUUACCGCAUGGAUCGUUUUGGCCCCUGCUCUGAAUGCCCUGCUCACGGUGUAAAGUGUGUCAACGAUACAGCAAUACUAGCACCAAGUUAUUACUGGAAAUGGCCAAGUGAAGAGGAGAAAGGAAUUUAUAAAAAAUUCUUGAAAAAUAUUUACACACUGAAGCCUCCAUAUGAAAAAACAUUCUCCAGGUUUCAAGGAACGCUACCCCAGCCCCAAAAAUGUCCAUAUUCUGGUUCCUGUAAUGGCGGAGUUGAUUCAGCCUGUCAACACAAAUUCAAAGGAUUCCUAUGUGCCUCGUGCUCUAACAACCACUACUUCCGAUUUAACACGUGCCUGGAAUGCCCAAGAAUGGUUAACACAAUCAUAUCAUGGGUGGUCGUAGUUCUGGUAUUUGUUGCUGUGUUUCUAGUGGUUCUUUGGGGUGACUCGAAACGCGCAGAUAACAAUCGCACAGUUGCAGAUGUCGUUAUGUCUUGUUGCAAAAUUGUUAUUGGAUUUUAUCAAGUUAUUGCAGGAAUUUUUUCUGCGCUUGUGCAUGUUCGUUGGCCUGUAAUUCUAAUUUCGAUGGAAAAAUAUUUGAAGUUUGCUGAGGGAAACAUAUUACAGUUUGCGCCGUUGAGCUGCAUUCACUCUAAAUUUCGACCAGAUCCAUUUUUACAAUUUGCUGUCGCUGUUGGCUUAAACAUAUUGGUUGUUUUACUUAUUUUUCUCUUUCUAUUCCUGAAGAAACGCCACAUCAACAAGAUGGAGGUUUUAAUGAGUGAAAAGAUAAUGCAAAUUUCAAGGGUGAAAAAGUCUUGCUACCGCAACAUACUCUUAUUUCUUCUAUUGUCUUACCCAGUGACAAGCAAGAAGAUCAUUGACAUUCUGCCGUUGCCUGGUGUAUGCGUUAACGUGUGUUUCAGUAAAAGCGAUUGUAUCUCCUUUUUAAAGGCUGAUUAUUCCAUCCACUGCUUUACGCCUCGGCACAAGAUCUUCUGGAAAAUUGCUGCAGUGUUUGCCUUUUAUCCUCUUGCGUUUCCUUUAAUGCUGCUGCUUCUUAUUUACAAAUAUCGACAGGCGGAAACGGAGAAAGAAAUUGCCUUUGGCUUGAGAGUGUUUUUUGAAAAUUACAAGAAGAAAUACUGGUUUUGGGAAAUACUUGAAAUGUACCGUAAACUUCUUCUUAUCUCAUUGAUCCUACUCUUUGAGUCAGGAAGCCACUCUCAGAUUGGGUUCACCUUACUCAUAGCAAGUGCAUCGGGAAUAGCCUACACCCUCUUUAGACCCAUCAAAGGAAAGUUUGAAGAUCGUCUCCAAACGUUUGUGCUUUGGAUUAUAUUCUUCAACGUUUGUCUUGGCUCCAUCUAUGGUGAAUCUGAUGGCAGGAAAAAUUCCUUGGAAAACGACUCUAUUUUCAUCAAUGUUUUGUUCCUGCUCCUAAACAGUUCCGUCUUGGUCUUCGCUGCUGGUGAGUUUUGCGUUUUAGAAGUUGCUUUUUAA